UGAUUACAAUACAGUGGUCAUGUGCUUCUCAGUCGUGUGACACCUGCUCUAAUCUAGCUGGGUGUCCCUCAGUCCAGAAUGAAGUUCCCAGACCGAUCGCCGGCAGUUUUAAUGAUAAAACACGGAUUGGAACAAUGUUUAUUGCGCUGGGAAGACAUGAGGGAGAACAGAGCUAUUGGGAAGCACCGCAGCAGGGCCAGAGUGAGCCAUCUGCCUUCAGAAGGAUGGAGAGGUCCAAGUUUGAAAGAAGAGCAGGUCCGUCUUGUGAUUUACCGUGAUCAUGACAUUAAAGGAAGGCAGCUGGUAUACGAUUCUGUUGCAGUCACGCGGAUAGAACCUGGCAAGGAUUCCAAACAGCCAAAGAAAUGUUGCAAGACAGAACAAAAUGUUUCACAAUUAACAGACAGCUGUGAUGGUCUGAAUGAAUGGCAGUGUAGACAGGGGCCAAAGUACCAGUUUGAGAAACGAGGUUCUGAUGCCAAGCUCCUUGGUGAAAUGAUGUAUGGCUCUGUACCUAUGACCAGCAAAGGGACUGCAUUCAAAGUACACUGUAUAAGACUACCACCACAGUUAAUGGUGACAAAAGUGUUUAUAGAACCAAAAACAAACAGGGAGUCCAGUGGACUUCUCAUGGACAAUGAUGAUUCCUGCAGUCUGACAAGCUCUACAUCAGAAUACCUAGCAUCUGGUCAUGAGGGGCAAUCAUUGGCACGCAGUAUCCCAGUGGCCGUGCCCUCUCCUCCUGCUGUGUCUGCUAAUGAAGAGGAUAGUGGUUUUGCAGCUUCAUCUCUAGCUUCCAGUGACGGGUGGGUGACCCCUUUUCCAUCUCCAGGCAGCAACUCUAGUCUCAACUCUAACAGCUAUAACAGCAUGCACAAACGCUGGAUGCGUGCACAGAGCAUGCGACUUGACUAUGGACUCAUGCGCAGGCACUCUGGGGAAUUCACUGCACAGCUGAAUGAAGGUUCACUUCCAACAUCAAGAAGAAAAGCUAAGCUGGGCAUGGCAGUUGUGUUCAACCUGACUGGGCAGGAAGAAGAGAUAAUGCAGUUCCAGAGUUUCUUUUUCUCCCACAUAGCACUGUUAGAAGGGAAUGUCAACAAGCUCAAGGCUGCUGUGGAGAGAGCGUGUAUGGAUAAAAGGAACUUUGUGCACUUGGUCUAUGAGGCCUUUGCUACUUUCCGUCAAGAGAUUUUAGACUUGUACACAGCACCUAGAAUUUGUGAGCCUGUCUGGCUAACAAUGAUGGCAACCAACAGUUACAGACAUGCAAUCCUUAGUCAGAAAUUCCUUGGAGAGUUCAUGUCACUGGUGGAGAAAUAUGACACAAAGAAUACUAGUUUUUUCCUAAGCAGUCUUAUCACUGCUGUUUUAACUCAUCACCUUGCCUGGGUCCCUACAGUGACGCCUGCUGGGGCAACUCCAUCCAGAACAUAUCUAGACAAACAUUCUGCUAAAUGGUUGGACACCCUGGCCAGAACCCAUCCUUACAAUCCUCUCUGGGCACAGUUAGGAGAUUUAUAUGGUGCCAUUGGUUUCCCACUCAAGCUAGCCAGGACUAUAGUAGUAGGCAAGAAAGCAGAUUUGGUCCGUAAAUUGUUAUUUGUCCUGACCUACUUCAUACGCUGCAGUGAGGUCCAUGAAAGUGGGGAGCACAGCUGGGAACCCCUUGAGGUGGAUUUUGUGGACAUUGAAGAGGGCAGUACCUCACAAACUGAACACCAGAGGGAGUUAGAGUGCAGAUCCCCUGGUUUGCAAGACAGGUCAGUACAUGAGACUGAGCCAGUGCCAAGACUUCAUGGUGAUCUAUGUUUACAGCUGGAUUCAUUAGACAGUGCCGUGUUCACAAGUUUUGACUCUACGUUAAGUUCAGAACCUUCUGUAAGAGGGAGGCAUCCAGAGAUGGCACUCUUCAACAGACAGAACAGUUCUAAAAUUGAAGAUGUAGCUGAUGAAUGUUCUAGUCUAGAUUUCAGUUUGGGUUCACUUUCAAGUCUGCCACUGACUGAUCAGACAGAGGCAGUAAGUAAUUUUAAUGAAUUAGUAAGAGGGGGAGAAGAGAAAAAUGCCAGCAUAGCACAAGGAAAAGCACCUUCUCUGUCUCACCAUAGUAACAUGUCAGAAAUACAGAAGAUUGAGAAAAAACAACACCUCUCAUUCAGCAGUGCCAAAACAAACUUUAACACAGAAAGAACCCAUUCUGAUGUCUUCAGUAGUAGGAUAUUAAACAAUGAGAAGAAUGCAGCUACAAGAAAAGAACUCGGGGAUAAAACAUCAGUUACAAUCAUUGAUGCCAACAGGAGGACAGUAUCAUUAACAGACAAAGAUGCUCAGGAUAAUAAAAUACCUAGCAGCAGUCAGGUACCAGUGCUUUUUCAUGAGCGCAGCCAUUCGGACAGCUCCAACAACAGCAGUACCUCCCAGGCCUCUACUUGCCAGCUGGCAGUCGAUUCAAUCCAAGAACCAGCUGUGGAAAGAAUUAGGCACGUGGGACGUUCAGUGUCAGAUUUGAAAUUAGAUGACCAUCAGACAAUUAACAAUGCUGGCUUGUUUAAGUCUAAAUCAUCAGAAAUGUGCGCUGAAUACAAAGAGCAUGUUGGAACUUGGGAUGCCUCAUGUAAAGCUGCACAGCUUCCACAGCAGCAUCUUUUGACUUCUUGUAAGGCCUGUAUUCGUAACAAUCAGCUGUCGCCCACUGUGGCCCUGCAGUGUCAACACCAUGGAAAGCAUGUGUACUUCAGGCAGCCCUCCAUGGACAGCAGUACCAUGUUUGAUGAAUACUUUCUGGGUGACAGUGAAGUGAAAACCAUUGACGAGCUUGAGGUUAGAGAUCGCCUUGCCAAAGCUGAUACAACUAAUCACAGGACUUCAAUAGACUCUGCAUAUGAGGAAGAACAUGGGAAAAUAUCACUUGUUGAGAAAGACUCCAAAUUGGAGCACACCAAGGGAAUACAAAGUAGGCCCAACCGCCCAAGUAAAUUGGUCAUAAAUAAAAAUAAUACAGCUGAAGCAGACCAGGGACAUGAGCGAUCUCGCCAUGACAGUUUUAACUCCAGCAGUAAAAUGGAAUUUCUGCGUAGUGAUAGCUUCAGUGCUGGAAGUAAAAGUGAUGGUGCUCGCCGUGACAGUGUGAGUAGUAAGGGGAGCACUCCAGCCAGAUGCAGGUCUGUUACACCCACAGAGCUAGGUCGUAGACGCCACCAGUCUGAACUGAGCACGGCAUCAUCUCUACAUGAUGCUCUGGAGUACUUUGAGAGUCUGAAAGAGCUGCCAUUACCAAGCUUUACAAGCUGUCCCCAGGUGAUAGAGAACAAGCUGUAUGACAGUAACUUUGGCCACUCUCUGCUGGGCGGAUACAAUGACCACUACGUCUCUGACUUUGUGCUUCACGGCACCAGUGACACCAGCUUUUUAAAGCGCCUCAGAAAAGAUUUGGUCAUGACUGAGCAGUAUUCUAUAUUGGAUGAGCCAGUGGCAGAAGCUGUAUCCAUAGUAGCUGACACAUCUAACUGGUCUGUGGAGAUUGUUUCAUCCCGCAACAAGUCAGAGUUUGGUGAGGUGGUCAACCCAGCUCCUUUGGUUUGCAAUAUGGUGGAGUCUGUACAGAAUCUAUGGAGACUCAGGAUGGCACCAGAAUUUUGUUUGAUGCAUAUGGAGGAUCGACUUCAAGAGAUUUAUUUUAAGAGUGGCAUCUUGGCAGAGUAUUUGCAAUGUGAAAAGAUUGGCAGCAACAAGGAAAUAUGCUCACUACUUGGGGUUGAUGUGAGUGACCUACCACUGCUUAUGGCUGUUGCUGGAAUUCACUCCCCAAACCAAGGACUGGGAUUGGUCUCCUAGAAACUUACACCUACCAGCCUGGCAUUGGUCUCCUAGAAACCUAUACCCACCAGCCUGGCAUUGGUCUCCUAGAAACCUGCACCCACUAGCCUGG